UCAGUAUGGGUCCCGAAACAUGCCACCCAGGGAUCAAACUCCUUCGCAACGCGAUAACAGCUGCUGUCAUGGAAAUUGCAAAGCAGUUAGAACAAAAUAUGUUAUGCCUUGUUAUCGAUACGAAGAUGGCCGAAUAGAACUAUAUGUUCCGACACGUCACGGUAGGCUGCCGAUGUCUGCGUACCGACGGAACGGGAUGCAAGACCAAAUUCAUGGCUAUAGAGGGGCGAUCCGAUAUCUUUGCGCGGCCGACACUGUACCCGACAGAGGGUGCUGCGUACACACCAUAGUCGAACCUAUGAAAAAAAUUUACCCUAGAGUGACAAUGGAAAUGCAGCCUGUUAGAAAAAAGAAAGAUAAAAAAUGAAAGAUCUGUGAGGGUCUCCGAAUUUUGUAUUAGUAUUGUCUUAAUAAGCAAUGAAAAAGAUAAACUUUCCCAGGUACGCAAGCUACCCGUGAGUGCGUUCAAGCGUAACGGUAUGCAGGAUCAGGAGCAUUCGAAACUGCUUGGCACUACAAAUUUCCUCAUUAGAGGCCGUGACGUGUCGAUAGAAUGCGAUGUCUGCACUAACCCUGUCAAAGUAGCUGAUCCUGCCAAAGUGCCCCCGUGUGAAGCAAAGCACUACCUUGGCUGUAGAAUGCUAAAAAAGAAACCCAUUGAAGUAUCACUUGAAGACAUUUUGGAUGAUUAAUGUAUUUCAUAAUAAACGAUUAUUUGGAAAUUGAUAGACCACAUAAGAAUAAUGAUUUCCUAAAUAUCCAUUUACAUAAGAGCGCAACCAGCCGACAGUGUUGAUGCGCCGCGCCUGCGAAGUGGCCGUGGGGGCGCGCCCGCGCCGCAAGCCAUUCGUAGAGUCCUGCUAUACUGCGACCGCCGACAAACAGAUCCAUCGCUACCACAGCGAAGAUGAACGGGCGUUACGUCGAACGAAACCCAAGGCACAAUCAGGCGGAAAAAGAAGGAUCGCGGAAAUUCGUAAUAAAACCUCAAUAAACUAGUGGCGUAGUGAAAUAACAGUAAAACUUUUAGAGUUUGUGCAAUCAUGCGGAGCGUGGUGCAAUUGUGUAAUAGUGAUUUGAUUUUAGUGGGGUGGUGGUGAAUGGGUGUGUGUGGGUGUGGGUGUGGGGGAAUGCGAAAACGGCGCGGGUGGUCGGCGGGGCGAGGGGCGCGGUGACUGCCCCUGCGCACCAUGCGGCAGGCAUUGGCGCUUCUGCUUGUCGCCGUGUGCGCUGUAGCCUCUGCGCAGAUCGCGUGGACGCCUAUCUUUUUAGAUGGCAGUAGUCAAGUAGACUUAUGGACUCAAUCAUCGACCGGCUGCGCGUGCCCGGGGGGCGGCGGAGAGGACUGCGCGUGCUGUGUGCGCGACGGAGCGUGCCCGUGCGGCGACGUCGCUCCCACCCGCUGUGCGCAGUGCGGCCUGGAACAGUACUGCGCAAAUAUGUGCAACAUCACCAUCGACUCCCGUAUCUUGAAGAGCAAGUCGGGGAAGACGUUUGGUCAGAUCAAGUCUCCCUCCAUCGAGGGUCCCGGCUCCUGCUCGUACUUCCUGCAGCCAGACGCUGGGCAACGAGUGGAGAUACAGAUUUACAGGCUGGUCUCUGUUGGGAGGUUCAACGGUACCAGCUGCGUUGGUGGGUGGCUCCAACUUGGCGGCGCGGGCGCAGUACGCAGCACGGUCGCAGCAGAGACGCGACUAUGCGGCGCCAAUGAGCGGUACACUCCGCCUGUCGUACUCUUCGCUGAUCAUGGAGCUUCUACUUUAGAGUUUAGGAUAACAGAGAAGACGGUGAGAUCACAGUUUCUGGCCUUCUUCAGCUUCACGUCUCUGAGCAACUCGCAAGGUGUCGGGUUUCACCCCCGGGGUGGCUCUCGGAUACCACACACAGACUGUGACUGGUUGUACCAGGACGUGUCGUGUCGCACUCCUGGGUCGUGUGUGCUCGCGAGUCCCGGGUACCCGGGGCUGUAUCCUCCCCACAGGCUCUGCCGGUACCUUUUCACCACCAACUCUGUAAAUACGAGGGUCAAGAUCAUCUUUACAUCGAUACUGCUGCCUAGAAAUCACUGCGCCACCGACUCGCUGUCCAUGCGCGCUGGGAACUCUCCUUCUGCGCCACUCUUGGGCACGCUGUGCUCGGAGAGAACAGCCACUCUGGAGUACCCUGGCCCAAACCUGCUGCUGGAGUUCACUUCCGGUCCGCUGGUCCCUCCGUACGAUUACAACGGGUUCAUUGCCAAAUUGGAGUUUAUAGAAGGAGUGGACGCGAGUGGGCCUCCCCCCACCGUGCUGCCGGCCUCCCCUCCCCUAGCAGCACUCACGCAUCAUGUGCAGAGUGUGGAUAGGAUGGCGAUAGAGAGCAACGCAGUGUCAAACGAAGUGUCCAACAAUGGGCGAGUGGGGUGUGGCGCCACUGUUCGCGGGUUCGGGCCUGGAGGUGCGCGCUCCGGCCAUUUUGACACUCGCGCCACCACCUGGCGGUCGCAGUGCGCUAUACAUCUCCUUGGUGCAUCCACGGACGUGGUGCAAGUCUCGUUAUUUAAUUAUAAUUUAAGGUUACCAAGCUGUCGAUCUCAUAUUGAGAUUUUAGAAGGGCUUCACGAGUUUGGUGGUAGAGGAGAUAGACUGGACAGGUCCGAGAGAGGAGACCGAGCACUCCUCAGAGUGUGUGGUCCCUCCAUGAGGGAAGCCAGGGAUCAGUCCGGAAGGUUCCACAUCCGCCAGGCUGUGACAUCUAAAGGUGCUAAUUUGACCAUAAUGGUGCGACGGUCCGCUUCGCAAAAUGAAGAGGAAUUUGUGGAUGGUGCCUUUGCUUUUCAUGAUGAACAACACGAAGGUACGGCAUCGCCAGACGCAAUGUGCGCCUCGACCCACUACGGGCUGGCAGCGCCGACCCAUGGCGGGGUCUCCGCGCCUUCUCAUCACCACAUCUUCUGGAACAUAGAGGAGCGGUUACUCUGCACACAUAGGUUCAUACCCGCUGCUAAUCAGAGCGUGACCAUUGAGAUACAACGCUUGGAUCGCAUGUGGAGCGCUGAGCCAACUGGUACAGUGGGGGCUGCCGGUUGUCGCACCGCAUGCGGCGACGCCGGCUGCGAGUGCCGCGCCAACACCCCGCUGCACUACCACGACCACAUCGCGUUGGUGGCGGGCGACGGCACGCAUCUCUCCUGCUUGUGCGGGGACUUCCAGGCGCCAUGGCUCCCAGUGGUCGUAAGAAGUUGGACCAGCGUGCGGUUGGAGUAUUCAGUAGCUCACUACACGUACGCAAGUAGAGGGUUCGACUACGCAGCCGCCUACAGCUUCAACGACGACUCCAUGUGCGGUCAGCGCACUUACACCACCCAUUCUGGUGAAAUAUCGUCGAGAAACGUGACAGUGACAGGCAGCCUGAAUGAGUUCUUCUAUCAGCAAUGCACUUGGGUCUUAGAUUCGAACGUUGAGAGGCAGCUUUUGAUUGAUAUUACCUCGGAACAGGAUAAGUCGUGUAGUUCAUGGAAUAUCACACUCCAUGAGUGGUCCGGAUCAGGGGCGCAUAGCGACGCCGGGCUGGCCGCGGCGGCCGGCGAGCUAUUGUACACCUUCUGCGCAAGGCAUAAGAAUCAUACUUACACGCUGCCCUACCGGCUCAACACUGUUGUUAUUAGGUUAGUAGCAUUGUCCCGCCAGCAGCCAUUUUACACAAUCCGAUGGCGAUCACAAGUGGUGCGCGCCAACAACCGCCUCGGGCCUCCGACGCCGGCGCCGGCAGCCUCGGCUGCAGCAGCCAUUCCGCACACAACCCUUGCCAAUAUCAUGCUCACGUAUCUAGUGCUUAUAUUGCUCACAGAAACAUUAAAAACAAUCUAGUUUUAAAAUAGAACAGAAGACUACAAUCAACGCUUUAGAAAAAAUAAAGUUAGAAUUUAUGGAAUUGUCGAAUUUUGUCAGGGACAUUAAAGCCAAAUUACUAGUGUUAAAUUCAGUGUGUGUUUGUACAACAAUGUGUUGAGUGUCACAUCACGAUGAUAUCUGUAAAUAGUAACUGCAUAGUGUAUGCUGAGUUACUCUAUAAUAUUCCAAUACUUUAAAAAAAUCGGGACAUGUAACGAAAAAUAUCUUAACUCGGGUUGACAGCGAAAUAUUUCCCCUUAGGUACCAAUAGAUUUACUUAGUAAUAAUAACUUUUUUACGUCACGAACUACAUAUACACAUUGUGAAUUAGAAAGAACACUGGGACAGACUGAACAGCCUAGAAAUAGUAUUUGCUGUGUCAUAGUAAAGCAUGGUGUAUUCUUAAAAUGAAAUAUAUAACUACUUAUCUAUUUUAGUGUCAAUUACUGUGAAAUAACUCGAAACAAUAUUCUAUUCACAAGAAAUAGAAAAGGUUUUUUUAAACACAAUUUAAAAUACAUAUUUUGAAGCUGCUAUAUUUUAUAAAAAAUUGUAUAAAACAAAAGAAAAAUAGAUCGGAGACUAUUUUGCUCAUGUUAUUUUUCAUAAUCAUUUAAUUUCGUCGUCUUUAUUAUAAAAUGACUUAAAUACUUAAUUGGCUUAUAUAAUGUUUAUAUUACACAAUAAUGUAGAGAUUGCAUUAUUUAAAUAUACAUUUCAGUAGGAAUUGGAAAACUAUGUUAAUAUCCUGAACGAAAUAGGCAUAAAAUGCGGUACGAUUGCAUAAUAACAUAUGUAUAAAUAAAUUACUUUUAAAUGUUAUGUAUUAAAACAUUUGUUAUAACUAAUUUGGGGGUUUAACUUCCUAUAAUUUUUGAAUGUACUUGUUAAUAAUUGCAUUUAUAUAGAUACUUCGCAACCGAAGAUCUCACCGCACAUUUGGUGUCAUUUAAGUAAACAUGAUAUUACCUACUUAUGAUCAGCGUGCAAAUGCAAAAUGAUUCUGAUGAUGUUACCUGCUUUGCAUGCUGCAGGUAACAGAAUAAUUUUUAUAAUUUUUCAUUUCAUAUGUGUUUCAGAUAUUUCUGAUCAAAUAACAAAUUAGAACUAGAUUUGGGACAUAACAUAAAAUAUUAGCUACUUCCCAUUUCCAAUAUUUUUAUAUUCCUUUUUAUGUUAGAAUUACAAAAUACGACAUAUUUGGUUACUCAUUUAAUGAUUUAUUUUAAUUGUUUCUAUUCUAUUGCAGUUUCAUUAAAUGUCAAUAAUACUUAAUUAACACUAGCACUUAAGAUGUAUUGUAUGUGUAGAUGUAAAUAGAUAACUUACACUAUGGCUAGGUAUGUAUCGAAACUAUAGGUAGAGAUUCCAUGAAAUAAUAAUGUUUGUUACACCGAAAUAGAUAAACUAAAUAAACUAAAA